AUGACUGAGGAGCAAGAGCCUACAGAAAUCAGGCUAGAAACAUAUCAAAAAUUGCGCUACCUUCGAAGCCGGCGAUAUCUCGACAGUAAGAAGCUACUCAGAGCCAUAAAGACCGACAGCAAUAUAAUUAAUGAUAUCGGAUUAUUGCUGAAAGUUGCCCAGCGGCCAGCUGGUCUUUUACUGCUUGGGAAUCCGCGGAUCUUGAACAGCUCGCGAACUCUACACCAUUGUGCAGAUCACCCCCAUCUACCUUUGCAUAAUCAAAAUCAGGCUUGGGUAACCGUUACAUUCAGGGAGCUCCAGUAUGAGGCCUCCUCCAAUAUUGAGCCAAGAAAUUGCCUCGUGAGUUAUUACUUGCUCGGUUUCAAUUGUUGGAUUGACCGAAGUGAUUCCAACAGACGUCAGCCUAUAAAGCCACCCCCAUAUCCUGAUAUAGGAGCUCGUGGAAUGCUAUUCGGCGAUUGUAUCUUGGUACCAUCACGUGGAAAUGUAGAAAACGAAGUUCGAUGGCAGCUCCAAGUUCGUGUCGUUUUAGAAUUUGAGAUCGUGAUAACCCCAAGUGAGGCAUUCUCCUCGCAUUAUUUCAAAUACUACCUCCUGGAGUUUCUGACUGAAUGCCGUUUUCGUCUUCGGGAUUGCCCUUCAAAUGAUAUUUACUGCCUUCUCGACCAUGCUAGUAUUUACAUGCGUCUGGAACUCCAGGGAGAAAUUCACAGAAGUCUGCAACAAGAAGUUCCGUGGGCACAGACAGCCGCUACCCUUGAAAUCUUCAAGCCUUUAAUCUCCAGACUGAGUUUGCAGCCUGCUGCCACGCUUGCGAAAGAUGCUUCCAUGGAUAUUGAUAGCAAGAGACUUAAUGACAGCGGAAACACAAAAAUACGAGAUAUUAUCGCAAAGGAUGGUCAAUAUAAGAAUGGAGAUAUUAUAGCAGGCGUGCCUUUCCCUUCUAAUAGCUGUGGCCAUCCAUUUGGGAAACAAGCCAAGCAAGUACGCACCGAUUCAGUAUUCGCAGCUCGUGACACCAAGUCUUCAUCUGUACAAUCACUCGUAUCCAGAUCCUCUCCAGAAUAUCUCAUAUCCCCCGUGUCCUCGCCAGCGGCAACCAAUUUGUUGGAUUCUAGACAAACGAGGUCUUUAAGCUCUGCCGGCCAAGUCACGUAA